UUUGGACUUUUAAAAAAGCAAGGAUUUAUUAAAUUAAGCAGGCAUGGUUGUCAGACAUUUCUAACUGUACAAAAUGUUUUUGCGUUAAAUUAGUUUCAUGUUUCACAUCAGCUUUCAACAAAGAUAAUAAUUCUAAAGCAUCAAAUUAGGACAGUAGAAUCAUUUCUGAAGGAUCACGUGACACUGAACUCAAAUAAUGAUGCUGCUAAUUCAGCUUUGCAUCCCUUGCAUAAGCAUGAUUCUAAGAUUAUAAGCAUAUAUAAUAAUGUAUACAACUACAUCAACAUUAUUAAUGAAAAAAGACAAUACUAAUAUAUACAAAAAAACAGAUUUUUUUAAAUCAGAUUCAAAAGUUUUUGUGUAUACCCACCUAUAUACCCAGACACUGAUACGAAUCAAACCUGGCAGGAAACCUUACUUUAACCACUAAAUGACUUGGCCGGAAGAGAUCUGUGGGUGUGAAUAUUUUUUCCUUGGCAGAAAGAAAAAAAACAUACCUAUAUAUAAGCCUGUAUAUUUCCUCUUUGCAUAACACAGCAGCUCUUAGGUGAAAUAUACAGUCUUAAUACGACAAUGGUGUUUUUUGGAGGAUUGAUGUACAUCUGUUUUGAAGUGCUCAUUGCUAUCGGCUGUGUUCUGGGCAAUGGGUUGGUGAUGUGGGCCGUGUGGAGGAGUGGUUCAUUAAGUAAGCCCACUUUCUGCUUGAUUGUAUCUCUGUCAGUGGCUGAUCUCCUGGUCGGGGCUGUGGCUGUUCCUCUGGCUCUGAUUGUGGAUAUGCAUGUGAAGAUGUCUUUCCAUGCAUGUCUGUUCAUCAGCUGUUUUCUCAUCGUGCCGCUUCAGGCGUCAGUGCUCACACUUCUGGCCAUCGCUGUUGAUCGUUGCCUGCGGGUUUGCAUCCCAUUCAGGUAUAAGUCUACAGUCACUAAGAAGCGCUCGUGGAUCAUCGCCGCUGUGUGCUGGAUGCUGGCGUUCAUGCUGGGAUUCUUACCGAUGUUUGGAUGGUACAAUCACGACACACUGGCACAACACAACUCCACAUCCAUUGACUGUGAAUUCGUCGCUGUCAUUUCCAUCUCAUACCUCGUCCACUUUAUCUUUGAGGGCUGUUUCCUUCCUCCUCUGGCCGUCAUGACUGCUUUGUAUUACUACGUAUUUUAUAAAAUCAGGAGGCAGUCGAGGGGAGCACUUGGCGAAACUGGACCCUAUACACAAAAAGAGCAAAAACUUGCAAGCUCUCUGGUUUUGGUUUUGGCUCUUUUUGCUGUCUGCUGGCUGCCGUUACACAUAAUACAGUCUAUCAUGUUUUAUAAUCACAGCGUUUAUGUACCAUCCAUUGCUUUGUACUCCGGCAUUCUCCUUUCUCAUGCUAACUCAGCGGUUAACCCUGUGGUGUAUGCUUACAAAGUCCCUAAGAUGAAGCGGGAGUACAUGAGGAUUUGGAGGAGGAUUACGGGUCGGGAACAGACGAUGGAUAUAAACAUCAGGACUGCUGCUAGUAAUACGAUCGAUAGCCAUGAUGGACGAGAGCAUGUGAAAAUCAGCCCGAAUGUGGGAGACAGUGACAUGAAUGGCAUUUAGUGUUCAUUCUGCUGCUCACAUACAACAUCAGGGUGUCCACGGGGUCUUAAGAAGUAGUUAAUGAAUCAAUUUAGAAUGGUUUAAGACCCCUAAAAAGUCUUAAAUGCUAUUUUGCGAGGUAUUCAAUUUUGAUAUCAUUUGUGAUUAUUUUUGUAUGCUAAUGUUUGCCUGAAUUUAAAGGAAAAUAAAAUAAAAAUAAAAUUUCAAAUCCAUACUAUUUCUUUUUAAGCUUUGUUCAAUAAAUAAUUCCCCCAAAAAUUAGACGCUUUUAAAUAUAAUGACACUUACAAAUUUAAGCAGUUAAAAUAUUUUGCAAUAAAUGACAUUU